AUGGGAUUACAACUGCAAACUUUGUUGAAAGCUCCAAUGUCUUUCCUCCAACAGCUUGAGACAAACUUUCAACUAUUACUUUUUGUAUCAAUCAUCCUUGCACUUGCUCUGAGGUUUCUGUUUAACAAGAAAAGAGAUAUCAAACUCCCCCCUAGCCCUCUGAAAUUACCCAUCAUUGGCAACCUCCAUCAACUAGGAAAUGCAACUCACAAGUCCCUUCACUGUCUUGCAAAGAAGUUAGGCCCCAUUAUGUAUCUGAAGCUAGGCGAGAUACCAAUAGUAGUAUUGUCAUCAGCAAAGAUCGCUAAAGAAGUAAUCAGGACUCAUGAUCUUGCUAUUAUGCGCAAGAUUUGCAUACUUGAGCUACUCAGCACAAAGCGAGUCCAAUUGUUUUCAAUUGUUAGAGUAGAGGAAGUUGCUCGUCUUGUUCAUCGGGUUGCAGAAUCAUAUCCUGGAACCACCACUAACUUAAGUAAAAUGCUAGCUCUGUAUGCAAAUGAUGUUAUUUGUCGUGUUGCAUUUGGGAAGCUAUUCACAGAAUCAAUUAUUCACAGAUUAACAGGACUGAAAUCAAGACUAGAAGACACAUCCAGGCGCUUUGACAAGCUUCUUGAUGAGAUAAUGGAGGACCACAUUAGAUCUGGAAAUAUGAAGAUCAUAAGGACAUUGUUGAUGUUUUAA